AAGCAGGCAAGGAUUUACCGGACUGCUCGCUCCACUGCUGCCAGGGAGGAUCAGGGAAAGCGCCGCUGUCCUGUGCGCCCCCGUUUCCAGCACAAGGAGGCCUGCCGAGGAAAAUUCUCCAUGAAUGUACGUCACAAUGAUGAUGACCGACCAAAUCCCACUGGAGUUGCCAUCAUUGCUGAAUGGGGAGGUAGCCAUGAUGCCUCACUUAGUCAAUGGAGAUGGAACACAGCAGGUCAUCUUUGUUCAAGUUAAUCCAGGUGAAACCUUUACAAUAAGGGGCGAAGAUGGAACCCUUCAGUGCAUUCAAGGACCUGCAGAGGUUCCCAUGAUGUCACCCAAUGGAUCCAUUCCUCCCAUACACGUGCCUCCAGGUUACAUAUCACAGGUAAUAGAAGACAACACAGGCGUUCGCAGGGUGGUGGUCACCCCACAGUCUCCUGAGUGUUAUCCUCCCAGCUAUCCUUCCGCCAUUUCUCCAACCCACCACUUACCACCAUACCUUACACAUCAUCCACAUUUCAUUCAUAACUCUCACACAGCUUUCUACCCACCUGUUACUGGGCCUGGAGACCUGCCUCCCCAAUUUUUUCCUCAGCAUCAUCUUCCCCCUACAAUUUAUGGAGAGCAAGAAAUUAUACCACUAUAUGGAAUGUCUAGUUACAUAACCAGGGAAGAUCAGUACAACAAACCCCAUCCCAAGAAGAUGAAAGACCGACAGAUAGAUCGGCAGAACCGUUUGAAUAGCCCUCCUUCAUCCAUCUAUAAAAACCAUCCGGGAAACUGUACAACUGUCUACAAUGGUACCAUCAAGACUCAUAAUGGUGCCGCAAAUGGGGGAGGAGGAGGAGGAGGUGGCGGCGGAGGAGUUGGUGGUGGAGGAGCCCUGGUUGUGAAGAAGGCGGAGCGCAGAGCAAGAAGCAGCCCCAAAUCGAGUGAGCCCGAGUUGCACGAAUGUGACACGGAAACAAAAAGAGUUCAAGACAUUCUUUCCGGAAUUGAGAAACCACAGGUAACAAAUAUUCAAGCAAGAACGGUUUUGCUUACAUGGUCUCCUCCAACUGGACUUUUAAAUGGGGACAGACACAGCAAUGGUUUGCCUUACACCUGUACUUACGAAGUUGCCUUAUCAGACAAAGGGAGAGAUGGAAAGUACAAAAUAAUUUACAGUGGAGAAGAAUUGGAAUAUAAACUGAAAGAUCUUAGGCCAGCAACAGAAUAUCAUGUCAGGGUAUGCGCUGUGUACAAUUCGGUAAAGGGAUCCUGUUCAGAACCCGUUGGCUUCACCACUCACAGCUGUGCCCCGGAAUGCCCCUUCCCACCCAAACCUUCACACAGGACCAAAAAUUCCCUAACUUUGCAAUGGAAGGCCCCUAUUGACAAUGGUUCGAAAAUCACCAGCUACCUUUUAGAGUGGGAUGAGGGAAAACGAAACAAUGGUUUCAGAGAAUGUUACUUUGGAAGCCAAAAACAUUACAAGAUGACAAAACUCUGUCCAGCUAUGGGUUAUACAUUCCGAUUAGCAGCUCAGAACGACAUUGGCACUAGUGGCUUUAGCCAAGAAGUUGUGUGCUACACAUCAGGGAAUAUCCCUCAAACCCCUUCUGCACCAAGGCUUGUUCGGGCUGGAGUCACAUGGAUCACCUUGCAGUGGAAUAAAGCAGAAGGCUGCACACCAGAAGAAGUGAUCACAUACAUUCUGGAGAUACAGGAGGAGGAUAAUGAUAGUGUGUUUCAUCCAAAGUACACUGGAGAAGACCGUACCUGUACUGUGAAAAAUCUCAAAAGAAGCACACAAUAUAAAUUCAGGCUUAUUGUCUCCAAUGUAGAAGGAAAGAGUAGUCCCAGUGACAUCUUGGUCUGUACCACGAGCCCUGACAGGCCAGGGCCUCCCACCAGACCUGUGGUUAAAGGCCCAAUAACAUCUCAGGGCUUCGGUGUCAAAUGGGAUCCUCCUGAAGAUAAUGGUGGUUCGGAAAUCCUAAAUUACUUGUUAGAAAUUUCAGAAGGAAACUCUGAAGCAAAUCAGUGGGAAGUAGCCUACAGAGGAUCUGAGACAGAAUGUAUAUGUACCUACUUGAAACCAGGCACUUUGUAUAAGCUCCGAGCAUGCUGUAUUAGCACUGGUGGACACAGUCAGUGUUCUGAAAGUUUACUUGUCCGUACGCUCAGCGUUGCACCAGGCCAGUGUCAACCACCCCGAGUGUUGGGGAAACCAAAGCAUAAAGAAGUGCAGCUGAAGUGGGAUGCUCCCCCUGUGUCAGAAACUAGUUGUCACGUCUCUGCGUACAGUGUAGAGAUGGCCGGACCCGAAGAGGCUGUAUCUGAAGUGUAUCAUGGCCCGGAUCUUGAGUGUACCAUCACCAAUCUUCUGCCUGGGACAACGUAUCACUUCAGAGUGAAGGCUUUGAAUGAUGGAGGGUAUGGGCCAUAUUCCGAAGCCACAGAAGUCACGACAACCGCUGGGCCCCCCGGGCAGUGUCGAACCCCAUGCCUUACCUUCCUUUCCAACACAAGUGUACUUGUUAGCUGGGAGAGUCCCGAAAGCUUUGGUGCAGACAUCUCAGAGUACAGAUUGGAGUGGGGAGAAGACGAGGAAUCUUUAGAACUGGUGUAUAAUGGCACAAGCAACUCCUUUGAAAUUGGCCAGUUGUUGGCCUCUGCACAGUAUUUCUGUAGACUACAGGCAAUCAACCAGGCAGGAGCAGGGCCGUUCAGUGACCUGGUCACCUGCAGAGCCCCAGCAUCGGUACCUGAUGCUGUCACCGUCCUCUAUGUAUCAGACGACGAGCACCUGGAUGCCUCUCCUUUAUCACCCUCAGUGUGCCUUGUAUUGAACUGGGAAGAACCGUGCAAUAAUGGGUCCGCAAUCAGUUCCUACAAUAUCGACCUUGGCGAUAUUACCAUCCCAGUGGGUAACGUCACGAGUUAUGUUAUCGAUGACCUACUUCCAGAAACAACGUUCCGGAUUCGGAUUCAGGCAGUCAAUGACAUCGGCGCUGGACCUUUCAGCCACUUCAUUAAGGCAAAGACCAGGCCGCUGCCUCCCUUACCUCCUCGGCUAGAGUGUACUGCAGCUGGUCCUCAAAGCCUGAAGCUGAAGUGGGGGGAGAGCACCUCCAGACAGCAUGCCACCGAUGACAUGGUCUACAUCUUACAGAUAGAGGACAGGAAUAAGAGGUUUAUUCCCAUCUAUAGGGGACCAAGUCACACUUACAAGGUACAACGGCUGAUGGAAUUUACCUGCUAUGCGUUUAGAAUACAAGCUGUAAAUGAUGCUGGGGAAGGACCUUUCUCAGAAGUGUUUACCUUCAGCACAACAAAAUGUAUUCCACCUGUCAUCAAAGCACCUCGAGUGAGACAGACAGAAGGAAACUCCUGUGAAAUUGCAUGGGAAACAGCACCCCCCAUGAAGGGAGAUCCUGUCAGUUACAUUCUGCAAGUUCUGGUUGCAAGAGAAUCGGACUACAAACAGGUGUACAAGGGAGAUGAGACAACGUUCCAAAUCUCAGGCCUUCAGACGAACACAGACUACCGAUUCCGGGUGUGUGUUUGCCGACGGUGCUUGGAUACCUCACAAGAACUUAGCGGACCUUUCAGCCCAUCCGUUGCCUUUAUGCUCCAGCGAAGUGAGCUUAUGCUUACAGGGGAAACGGGAAGGAUAGAUGACCCUAAGACAAAAAGUUUGAUGCCUUCUGACGAACAGUUUGCAGCCCUUAUUGUCUUGGGCUUUGCAAGUGUCUCCAUCUUAUUUGCCUUCAUACUACAGUAUUUGUUGAUGAAGUAGAGUCCAACAACACACAAGCUUUUGAGGCAGCAUUUUUAAGUAAUGCUAAGCAUUAUAAUCCACACAGUUUAUUCAGAUGAUUCUUUUUUAUUUUCUUUUUUCAGCAAUGUUUUCCAGUACAUUUUAUACAUUUUUUCCUGGAUUUGUGGGUUUUGGAAGGGAGAUGGGGGGAGGGAAUGUCAGUCCUAUCUAAUAAAUAAAUAUCUGUGUUUUGGUGCACCUUUCGGAAAUUCAAAGAAAGUGGUCAAACUUCAGAAAAAUCCAAGCCAGUUACCAAAAGCAAAUGUCCUGCAUUUUGUUCCAUAUGAGUUCCCAGAACUCAUGACAACUGUAACCAAUUUGCCUUCAAUUUUUGUUUUGUUGAUUAUUGCAGUCUUUAAGAUGCAGUUUAGUAAGUUAGAAUAAUUGCUUUAGAUUCUUCUGUAUCUGCAGUCCUUAAGUGUGUGUUGCAGUUAUGGUGCGUCCAACAAUACAUAGUCUUGGAUUGAUGAUAUGAUCACUACUUUUCUUUCUUCCCUCCUCCCCUAGUCUGUGGUUAAAAACAGAACAAAACUCUGCUGCAUUAUCAACUAUAUAUUUAGCACAUUUCAAUCCAAAUAAUUUAUCCUGCAAUCUGAAGUUCUUUUUAAAUAAUAAUCUCUUUAUUCCAGCUGUUCGCGCACUAUGAACUGCCUGUAUAACAAAUCCGAUAACCAAAUAGCUUUAUAAAUGACAAAGCAUUACAGUUUUCUACCUUUUUAUUUUAUAGCCGUAAUGUUAAGAGGGCAUUGUGCAAUAGUUACUCCCAUGUUCAGCUGUUUUUUUAAAAAGCUGCUUUUAACUUGUUUCGCCUUUGUAUAUAACUUACUUUUAAUCCAAUCACUAGAUUUUAUUAUAUUCAUCUUGACUUAUAUGUUUAGAACUGGUGAAAGUUUGCUGCCUUUGCUGUUUUAUAUUAAUUAUGACAUUGACAUAUGCCGCCUUUCAUAGUCAGUCAGCCACUUAAGGGGAAGAGGACACAUCUCUCAGCCUUGAAAAGAACAAAAUGAGUUCAGUUUAAGGAAUCUCAGAUGGAACCUAGAUGUUACGGACAGCACGUAGCUGCCACUGGAAACGGCAGCCCUGCUCCUUCGCCUCCUGUCCCCAUAUAACAUCUACUAUUAUAAAAUGUAUCAUGAGAUACUAAUGCAGUGCAACGCUAUUUCCAGCCCCACUCAAUUUCCGUGGCUGCUGCUUUGCGGGCACAGUAGAACUUGCAAUGUGUUGGUAUCAAGUCACCUUCUUUGUAAUAGGAGGCAUUAUGCUGGCGAAGAAGACACGAGGCUGCAGCUUUGAUCAACAUCCACUCGUGCUCCUCAAUGUCUAGUUUCAGCAUUGAAUUGAUAUUCUUAAGCGAUCAUUGUAAAAGCUAUUGUUGUUAUCCCUUCAGAAUAUUGUGUCUGUCCUUACAUCAGUGGCCCAAACAUGCAUGUUAAUCCAUCAAACUCUUGAUACAUUUUUUUGUUCUGUUUUGUUUCUAAACUUUGAGUCAUUGGAUUAUUUAUAUGACGUCAAUGUUGUUCAAGUGCCUCAGGGAUAUCAGUCAGUAGGAGGUGCAAGUAAAUUCCAAAAGGGUGCAACAGACACAGGGUACAAUUCACCAGGGGCCUCUUGGGCUUGGCUCUUUUAGACUGAACUGUCCUCUUGUUACGAGGCCCAUUCAUUUCAAUAGAGCUUGCACAGCAGAAAACGCCAUUGUGUCACUCUCUUGUUUCUAGCAGGGUGUGCGCUUAGAGUGGUCCCCUGUGAAUUGUGCUCCACACUUUGUAUAUCCCUGCUUUUAAAAAAAAACAAAACCUUGUGUAUAUUUUUGCUAUUUUGAUUUUGCUGGUGUCAUAGCUCUUCUGUCCUCUGUGCUAUGAUGCAGUGUCCUGUGCUAGCAUAUAUUCCCAUAACCAAAGUAAUGGGGAAACCAACAUUAUUUUUUUUGGUUAGGUUUAUUUAUACUAUAUACUGCAUACAGUACUUUAAAUGCCAAUUACAGUGCAAUCUUAUUAUUUAUUGUAAAAAAAAAUUAAAAAUAAAGUGUACUUAUGUACUAAAAUCCCCCCUCCCCCCAAUUGUAGCAUGUUAUACUUUCUUUUUGUCGUUUUAUACAAGUGUACUUUAGGUAAAAUGCCUUUACCCUGCCAGCAGCAUUCCUAGUAUUAUUAAUCUUUUUACAAUUUCUUGUGUGAGUUUUUUUUAAUGGGAGUGUCGUUGUGUAUUAAAUGCCAAAAAAGGAACCCCACCCAACAUUGAACACAAUAAGCCACCAAUUAUGAUGCUGUGCAAUGGCCAUUUAUUCAAUGGGGUUUGCCUGGCAACGGAGCAUGGCGCUCUCAGUCAGUGAUGGAAAAGUUUACAUGUAGCCAAAAACAAAAACAAAAAAAAACCAUGACAUCUCUUGAAAGGAAGUGCUAAGAUUGAUGGAUUAUUCUGUGUGCCUCUCUAGAUGUAGCAAAAUAGUACAACAGUUCUGUAUUUUGUUAUUGAGUAUAGUUAGUUUAUAAAUUUUUGCCUUGCAGAACUAAUGGCAUUAAGCUAAUUUGCUUUCAUUUUCUCCUUGGUCAAAGUCGUGGCUUGUCAAAUGUUUCUAGGGUUGUUUUUUUCUUCACUGGAACUGACUUGUUCUUUGAAAUUUGCGUGAUCUUUGCGUAUAGAUUUUGUAGCAUAACAGGUCCAGAAAGAUGAUUAUGGGGUGGGGGGGAAAUCAUUUUUGUUUUAAAGAAAAAGUGAAAAAAAAACACAGCCCCAUCUCAAAGAGACUUAUUGCACUUACGUCUCAAGGGGAGAAGUGAGCCAUAUUACCGUAUGUCUCGUGAGCUCCAACAGACCUUCAGGAUUAGUAACUUUCCCUGGAUCAAGGCCAGACGUUUUAGAAAACAAAUAAUUAGCAAAGCCACAAAUUUGAACAGGUAACCUUUUUUCCCCAAACUAUUUGGAUUGCUGUUGUAGAUUCUCUGCAGCAAGAAUUUCCUACCUAGCAUCUUUUUUAAUUGAAGGGGAAAUAAACUACUGUAAACUUUGUAAAAUGUGCUCUCUGAAUCCAGAUUUAUACAUUUUGAGCGUUGAAAAACAUGGAGUAGUUUUACAUAAGGGUGGGUAAAUGUGAUGAGGAAAAAAAUAUGUAACACUUUAUUUUAAAUAUUCUCUUGAUACUAAUUUGUUAUAUAUUUUAUUAGUUUCAGAGUCAGAUAUCCCUCCCCUCUUAAACUACUAUCAACAACGAUCCUCUUCAUAAAACAUCAGUGAUUUCUUGUAUACACAGAUUCCCUGGGCUUCAGUUUUAACGCAGCCAUAGAAUAAAGUGUUACAUUUUCAAACCAUUCCUGUUUCAUUACCAGCGGACACAGUGAUUUGUUGAUCACUUUGUAUUUCCUUUUAUGUCCCUCCUGACCCCAUCAAUAUCAGCUGUUUAAAACCAACUCCCCCUCCCCCCGGCCCCAAAUCCUGUAGGCUAUAAAGAAAUUGUAAAAAUACAAAGUGGGGAAAGUAUUUUAAGAAACUAUUUAAAAAGGAAAAGAAACAUUUUUAUAUUAUCUGCCUUUGUCGUUUAUGAACUUGAAAUGUUGUAGUUUUCUAAUCCUGUUUUGUCAGCGACAGUAAAGGGCCCUAAACUGAAUGUUUCUGAACAUAAUCCUUGCACAAUUCUUUAAAUUGAAAAAAAUAUAUAUAAGUUUUUUUUUACCUCACUUAUAGGACAUACAUUCCAAGCUUUUCAACUUUGAGAAAAAUAAUCAUAAGUUUUCUUGUAUUGUAAAUUUUAACUAUUUCAUAUGCAUUGUAUUAAAAAAAACUGCCAUAUCAGUUUUACUGUAUAGAUUUUUGCAAAUAUUACGCUCUGUACGUAAGACUUAACUGUAUCUGUAGUGUAUAUGUAAUAUAUUUAUGCCCAAUAAAUGUUUUAAUUCUU